AUGCCCCUCCGCCCGUCGCCGGCUACCACAGGCCGGCUCCGCCCGUCGCCGCCUCCCCCAACCACGCUGUCGCGUCGCCCGCUGCGCCGGCUGCGGCUCGCUGCCGCCUCCCGCGCCCGACGUCCGACCUUCGUGCGUUCCCGGGUCCUCUGUCGCCGCUCCACCAACUGCGCGGGCCGGCUCCGCCCCCCGCCCGCAGGCUGGGUGAGCUCGCCGUUUGCCGGCUCCGCCCACGCGCUCGGCCAUGGCGCCGGCUUCUCUGUGUCCCGCGCCGGCUUCGGGUGGCCGCCCCGCGCGCAGCCGCGUCCCGCCUCAGGCCGGCUCCUUCCGGGCUUGCCGGCUUCCGCUCACCCGGCCGCUGCCGUGCCUCCGGCCGACUCCGCCUUGCCGCCGCGCCCGGCCGACUCCUGCAACACCCGGCCGCCGGGUCACUGGCGCCCCCGCCUCCGGCUUUGUCCCUCUCCGGCCUACGUCGCUCCUUGCCGGCUCCCCCCAGCUCGGCCGGCUCCCGAGCACCGCCACUUCCGCGCCGGCUCCGCCCCUGCCGAGACGCCUCGCCCGCCCACCGGCUUCCACGGGCCGGCUUCACCUCGCCUCGGCCGCCUUCGCGCCGACCCGGCCCCCGUCCCGGGCUGCCUCCUCGCGGCCGUGCCGGCUUCCAGCGCCCCCGCGCACCCGGCCUGGGCCGGCUGGCCGCCUCUUCCGCACCCUGCGCAGGCCGGCUCCUCCGUCCCGGCCACCCCCAACCUCGCGCCUCCGCCUGGCAUGUCGGCUGGCCGCCCGCGCCUCGUCGGCUCAUGCCCCUGCCGCGGCCGCGCGCUGGCUCUGGCGGAUCCGCCCCUGGCCACGGCGGCUGCGCCGGCUUCCCCGCUUCCCAGCCUGCCCGCUGCGACCAGCGCAUCCUCUGGCCGGCUGCUCUUGAACAAAAGGAAGCCGACUGCUCAACCAGAUGGGUGCGGGGAGGAAAAGUCAAGGCCCGACUGCCCAUGGCUAAAAAAAGGAAGAGGCAUCCAGCCGGCUGCUCGUGCAAAAGAAGGGCCGACUGCCCAUCCGGCAUUGAGAGAAAAAGAAAUGUGGCCGACUGCUCAAGUCGACUAA